AUGCGGCUAACACUUAUUUUAUCGAUAGCAACUGUGUUUUCAACGGAAACGCUUGAGCAAAACGGUGAUAUCACUGCACUGAUUCAGUCGAUGUUGAACGUGGAUCGAGCCCUAGAAGAAGAGAUAAAAGACGACAUAUUACGGGCAAAGAAACAGCAGAAUCAAAUAAGUGAUGAAUUAUUAAGUGGCUUGAACAAAUCAGUGAACACACUCAAAGAUGCUCUCAGCGAACAGUUUUCCAAGCUUCAAGAUUAUCAACAGGCCUACAAAGCAAAAGUUCGCAGUCGUAAGCAAGAGAUAUUAGCCGAAUGGAAGGCUAUUGUCGACGAGAUAACUAACGCAAGAGUAGCCUGGGAAGCGCAAGAAGAAGUCGAAGCCGAAAAGGAGAAAGAGGACAUUCAUAAACUUCUAGAUCAACUUAGGAUGGCUAAUGAAAAAAGAAGAGAGCAAAAAGUAGUCGAGAAAGAAGAGAAAAAAGAGGAGGCGUGGCAGAAGGUGAAAACGAAACUCGACGAACUCCAGCUUAAACUCACUGAUGCCGUAAAUGCCACAAAAGAAGCUCGAAAAGAAAUGGUGGAGAGUAUGAGGUCGACACUUUUCGAAAUCAAGACGAUACUUGAGGAACAGAAAAGAAAUCGUGACCAGAUGAUGCAGGAACGACGGAACAAAUACCAGAGCGCACUAAAUCAGGUUAAAAGUGGUAUAAUUAGUGCCUUGAAGCAAAGUGUCGAGGCAUCAGUGGCAGCGAAACUUGGAGAUAAAUUGCAGAACGCGGUUGAUAAGAAAUUGCUCAAAGAAAUCUUUUCGCUGAGGAAUGAGAAGCAGAACGACGUGGCGCCUGUCGCAACCAGAGCAACAAUAUUAGAUGAGUACAUGAAUGAGAGAAAGACAUCGAUGCCACAAGCUUCGUCAGUUGCAACAGCUCCGUAUGUUGAAGCAAAGCAGUUUUAA